AACAAUAAACAAAUGACAAUCGAUGAAAAGCCCUAUUAUUGAAAUAUGGAAGUAAAACAAGAAAUAGAUGAGGAACCAUGUAAAGUAGAAAUAGAAUAUAAUGGCGUGGAUGAUGCUCUUCUAGAUGGCAUUAAAUAUGAAAUUAAGGGGGAAUCUAAUAGCAAAGUAAAACAAGACGUAGGCGAGGAAAAGGAAACAUCUAAAGUAGAAAUAGAAUAUAAUGACCUGGAUGGUGCUCUUCUAGAUGGCUUUAAAUAUGAAAUUAAGGAAGAAUCUGAUAGGCAAAGUACACAUGACACAUAUGAUUCUUUAGACUUAAAGGAACAUCCCAUAAAUACUAAAAUUGAACAACUUUGGGACACAGUUCACUCAUUAGAAGAAAACCCAAAAACUGAAAAAGAUUAUCUCCAAGACAACAAAAUGGAACUUAUGGAUUCACUAAUUGAACAUUCAUCUCACGAAGAAAAUUAUAUGACUCCACAUCCUAAGGGCAAAACAUUAAAUAAAAAUAGGAAAGUGGUCACUGGUGAAAAACCUUCCAAGUGUGAAAUUUAUUUUGAGAAAUUUUUCCGAAAGGGUUAUUUAACUGAACACAUGAAAAUUCACACUGAAAAAAAAGCUUAUAAGUGCGAAAUUUGUUUUAUUGAGUUUACUACAGCAAGUCAAUUGAAAAGACAUUUGAGACUGCACACUGGAGAAAAACUUCACAUGUGUGAAAUUUGUUUUAAGCAGUUUACUACAGCAACUAAAUUGAAAAGACAUUUGAUGUUACACUCUGGGGUAAAACCUUACAAGUGCGAAAUAUGUUUUAAGCAGUUUCGUACAGCCAAUGAAUUAAAAGUACAUUUAAGAGUGCAUACUGGAGAAAAAUCUCACAAGUGUGAUAUUUGUUUUAAGCAGUUCACUACAGCAAGUAAUUUGAAAAUACAUUUGAGAGUGCACACUGGAGAAAAACCUCACAAGUGUGAAAUUUGUUUUAAGCAGUUCACUAGAACAAGUAAUUUGAAAAAACAUUUGAGAGUGCACACUGGAGAAAAACCUCACAAGUGUGAAAUUUGUCUUAAGCAGUUUAGUGAAGCAAGUCAUCUAAAAGUACAUAUGAGAUUCCACACUGGAGAAAAACCUUUCAUGUGUGAUAUUUGUUUUAAGCAGUUCACUACAGCAGGUAAUUUAAAAGCACAUUUGAGAGUGCACACUGGCGAAAAAUUUCACAAGUGUGAAAUUUGUUUUAAGCAGUUUCUUACAGCAAAUGAAUUAAAAGUACAUUUAAGAGUACACACUGGAGAAAAACCUCACAAGUGUGAAAUCUGUUUUAAGCAGUUUAUUACAGCAAGUCAAUUGAAAAUACAUUUAAGAGUGCAUACUGGAGAAAAACCUCACGAGUGUGAAAUAUGUUUUAAGAAUUUUAUUACAACAACUAAUUUAAAAAAUCAUUUGAGACAGCACACUGGAGAAAAACCUCACAAGUGUGAAAUAUGUUUUAAGCGGUUUACUACAGCAAGUCAAUUGAAAAGACAUUUGAGAUUACAUACUUGGGAAAAACCUUACAAGUGCGAAAUAUGUUUUAAGCAGUUUAGUGAAGGAAGCAACUUAAGAGCACAUUUGAGAGUGCACACUGGAGAAAAACCUCACAAGUGCGAGAAUAUGUUUUAAGCAUUUUAUUACAAGUGAUUUGAAAAAACAUUUCCGAGUGCACACUGGAGAAAAACCUCACAAGUGUGAGAUAUGUUUCAAGCAUUUUAUUACAACAAGUGAUUUGAAAAAAACAUUUGAGAGUGCACACUGGGGAAUAACCUUACAAGUGUGAUAUUUGUUUUAAGGGGCUAUCCUAGUGUAAAAGUACGAUAUUCAUAUACUAUUUUUGGAAAUUUCUAAAAUAAAAAGUACUUUACCAA